CCUGAUCUUCUUAUCCCAUUCAGUCUCUCUCCGUAUGUUAUUUGUUUCAAACAACAACAACAACAAAAACAUUGCCAUGCCAUAUGAUCUAUCAAUGUAUCCUGGGACAAUCAUUCUGGCUGAAAUGGCCUGAGCACAACCCCCGUCCCCGCCUCGAACUACCUUGCUGGUACGCCGCGCAAUACGUACUCUGCAAGUAUUCGCCGGUGGUGAUGAUCUUGUUUCUGUUCCCUGUUGCGGUCUGCAGCAAUUAUGUGUCAAUGCCGGGGGUUAGAAUGUUCUCUUUCUCCCUUCUCUGCUCCUAGUUUGUCUUCAGGCAUUGGAGAACCCCGGAGUACGGGUACAUACGCUUGGAUGAUGUGGGCUUGAAGUUACUACCCCAAGAGCCUGAGGCAUCGCUAAAAUGUCAAUCACCAACCCGGACGU